AUGCCACAGUCCCCUUCAAAUAACGAGCCGCAUAAGAAACGGCGUUUCAAAAUCCAGAGCGAAUUUGGAAAUGCCCGCCAAUGGAGGAGCCGUAAAAGUCGGCCCUGCGACAUCUGUCGAAAGCGAAAGACUGCGUGUGUUAUCGAAGAUCGGCCACCUUGCCUGUUUUGCAAAGGAAGAGGACUGGAUUGUACGUCUUCACUCGAGCCUCAGACAGUAGUACAACGAUUCUCAAGUCUCCCAAGUUUGGACCAGGAUGAGGAGCCUCCCGUUUCACUUCAGACUCCAAUAGACGGUCCUCCCCCUGAGAGUCCUGUCUUCCAGGAGCAUAUCACCCCUAGUAGUGUCGAGGUCGACCACACAAUGUUGUCUCCCGCUACUAGUGUCGAACAAAUGAGGCGGCGCGACCACUUUGUGAAUCUUUAUCCCAGUACACCAAGCAGACAUGAGGGUAGCCUAGAACCUAAAAUUUACACCCUCGAGGACAACAAGAACCAAACAGCACAUUCAAUGGGCUUAUCUGCGGAACAGGACACCAACCUUCUGGCAACGUAUCGCUCUGUCAUUAUCAAUGAAAGCAACCGCGUUGCUGGUGACAUCAUCAAAGUUUACCCAGGCAAUGUUAGUGCUGGGGCCCCACCACUGCAUUUCUACAUCCUCAGCGAUCUGUUCAUGCCGUAUGAUAACUGUUUGAAGGAAGAAUGUUCACAGCUUAUUGAAUCUAAGGUCGAAUACCAUGGCCCGAGCCUUGUGCGUCUCUACUUCAGAUAUGUUCACCCGGUCUACUGCAUUGUCUCUAAAGUGCGGUUCCUUCGGUCGUAUAAAGAGGACAGAUUUAGCAUUCCAGCAUCGCUGAGGGGUGCCAUAUAUGGACUUGGUGCAGUCUUUUGGAACCAUGACCCCGAGCUGAGCGCAAUUACUCGCCCAUUUGAACAGUAUGAACUGUUUCAAGCCGCUCAAACAUCGCUCGAGAGGGAGCUUGAGGCCCCCAACUUAUGGAAAAUGCAGGCAUGCUUACUCAUGCUCCAUGAAAGAGCUGCUGGUAACGGCGUAUUUGAGACACCUCGGACCUGGACACUGUCUGCUCAAGCAGUCGCUUGUGCACAGAUGAUAGGCCUUCACCGUGACCCAUCUGAGUGGAACAUCGCAUCAUGGGAGAAGAGUCUCAGAAAGAAGUUGUGGUGGGCCACCUACAUCACUGAUACGUGGUCAUCAGUUUCGCACGGCAAUCCUCCCCACAUCCACAAAGACUUCUAUGGAACCUCUAAUCUUGACAUGGAGGACUUGAGAUAUGACGAAGAUGUCCCUGAAGACCUCCAACACAUGGUUGAUAUCUCAAGUACUUGCUUCGAGGUCUCCACGGCUGCUCGGUUUCUGGAGCUAGUAAAACUUACCCAAAUUCUUGGAGGUUUGCUGGAUGCCUCAUUUCCCCGGGCGGCCAUGAAUUGCACUGGUAUUGCUCUUGAUCCUAAUGAAGGCGUAGGUCCACUGCAUCUUGCCUAUUUCGCGACCCAGGUCUUGCUUCUUCGGGCUUUAAUGUCACCUGGCUCGGCUGCUGCGAAGAAUGACCCGCAGUCAUCCCUUCGCCGGUACUUUCCGUUAGCGAUAGAACAAAUGGGCUAUUUUCUAACGUUCACAAACGAGAUCACACUUGAAGCACUUCAGUCAUUCUGGGGUCGACGUGAGUUCUCUUCCAGCACCCUGUCAAGGCGACAAGAGAUCUGA